AUGAUGCUGCUGCACGACCUGCCCCACUACUAUAGAGAAACUGAGGGAACUGAAAUCCUAUCAAGAACCUUUGAGUCCAAUGAAGCACUAACUCCACUCCAAAUUCCUUCUCGUCCAACUGUCUCACAAGACAGAUAUAAAGAGUAUAGGAAAUCCUUUCAUGGCUGUAAGCUUCCCUGGGGAACCGAAAGGAAGCAUGGAGGAAUUGCAUUACCUGGAUUGCCAGAAGACCACAGGGCAAAGGACAAGUCUCCAUGGACAUUUGUGAAAGGACAUCAACAUUACGGUAGUGAUGCAUGCCCUUGGCCAAGAGGCCUUCCCAGUGAGCAGUACUACGAUGUCACCCAGAUGAAAAAAAGUGAUACGCGUAUGAAUGAUGAACUGCUUCAUAAACCACCAGACAGUUUGGCUAAACCACCAUGCCUGCCAUUUCCCACCUCUCAUCCCUAUCAGACACACAUCUCUAUGUGUGCCAUGUUCCCAAACUUCAGAUCACCUGAAGAUCAAGACACUGGGAUUGAUGCACGCAGUCAUCAGCCUUUCCAUCCCAACGUCUGUACCAAGGCUUUUGAUGUGGUUGUUCUGAGGAAAGCAAGAGGUAAUCCAUAUAGGCAAGAAGUUGUCAGUAUUCCUUCUGACUCCCAGAAGAAGGCUAUGCUAUGGUCGGAACAGCACACCAACUUCCAAGUACGUAUGCCAGAACAUAACCUCUCCGCAAGAACAGCCAAUAUGCUACGGAACACUGAAAGAGCUCUGGGGAUCACAACAUACAGUCGGGACUUCACAGGAAGAGGUCCUAUGAAUCCUCUUAUUCUGGAUAACUACUAUAUGAAAGCAGUUGGCAGAUUAACUGGAGAACUAGGUGAAGACGUGGAUCUAAAAGAAACAUUUCUGCCUAGUCCCUCACAAGCGAGACCUCUCAAAGGGUGCACUGCACGUUUACUUCAAGGUCGACGUCCCCAUGAAUCAAUUCUGCAAGAACAGUACUCCUCCAGUGUUCAG